AUGACUGCGUCCUCAGUAGAAGCAGCGCCGGCCAAAAACCGUAAAAACGCGCUGUCAUCGAAAAUAGGCAAAAUAUUCGGCGCUGGGAAAAGCGCUCCCACAACAGGAAUCUCGUCGGGCGAAGAAUCCUCUGCCAAACACACGCAAAUGCCUUCUCCAACCAACUCGUCACUGUCGCUAGAGAGCACUCACAACAAAGCGCUCCAUGUUACCGAACCGUCGAGUCCCAACUCUCGGGCUACGUCUAUAAGCGGGCGAGUGUCUCAAAAUGGCACUCAGGAUGAAAAUGGGCUUUCCUUUUAUAAGUCCAAGUCUGAAACCGUGGAACAGCCCACCGUUAGUUCCCUAAACAUAGCCGCUAUGGCUUCCGCUGGUUCCGGGCGCUUUGUUGUUUUGAAGAAUAACAUGCAUGAGCACCACUUGAAAAAUGCCAAACGACAGGAAAAGCUCAGUAGCAUGAUCAAGAAUAUCCUGGGUGCUCAAAAACUGCGAGGCGAGGCGAAGUCGGCCGUCCCUGAUAUCCUGAUGAACAACAAAAACCCACGAAGUGCACCUGAUGACCCACCCUCUCUCUUUUCAGGAUUUGUACGACAGGCCGCUUCUAUCGAACAAGGUGCGGUCUACAGCGGGGCCUCUCAGACUCCAAAAAAAUUCUAUAAAACGCAACAAGACCAUCGCUCGGAAAUUAAAGGCCCUGCAACUGACGCAAUCCGUGCAUUGAAGGAAAACUCUGCUUGCUUUGCUGAGAAAUAUGGAAGGUGCCAGGAAGUUGUCGGAAAGGGAGCUUUCGGAGUAGUGAGAAUAUGUCACAAGAAGGUGCCAGAUGAGGCUCACGGUGAAAAACUUUACGCUGUUAAGGAAUUCAAAAGAAGGCCCACAGAGUCGCCCGAAAAGUACUCUCGGAGGUUGACCUCUGAAUUUUGCAUCUCUUCCUCUCUGAAGCACACCAACAUCAUUAUGCCUCUUGAUUUAUUCCAGGAUGCUAAAGGAGAUUACUGCCAGGUCAUGGAAUAUUGUCACGGUGGAGAUUUGUUCACUUUGAUUAUCGCUGCUGGUAGGCUGGAAUACAUGGAAGCGGACUGCUUCUUCAAGCAAUUAAUACGAGGCGUGGUUUAUAUGCACGACAUGGGCGUAUGCCAUCGCGACCUGAAACCAGAAAACCUCUUGUUGACAUCUAAUGGUGUCUUGAAGAUUACUGACUUUGGGAACAGCGAAUGCUUCCGUAUGGCGUGGGAAAAAGACAUUCAUCUAAGUGGUGGUGUAUGUGGUUCAAGCCCUUACAUCGCACCAGAGGAAUAUACCCAUGACGAAUUUGAUCCACGCCCAGUAGAUAUCUGGGCGUGUGGUGUCAUAUAUAUGGCAAUGAGAAGUGGUCGCCAGCUGUGGAGUACUGCUCAAAAAGAGGAUGAAUUUUUCACAAAGUAUCUCACGGGUAGGAAAGAUGAGGCUGGCUACGAGCCAAUCGAAAAUUUGAAGAGGGCUCGUUGUCGCAACGUUAUUUAUUCCAUUCUCGACCCAGUGCCCAGCAGAAGAAUAAGUGGGAGACAGAUCCUGAAUAGUGAGUGGGGUCGAGAAAUCAAGUGUUGCCAUGAGGGCCAGCCUCUCAAGGAGUAA